GCGCUAGCAUUCAGAGAAAGCAUUCAUUCAGAGCGCGGAGUAUCUUUGUAAAGGAAGAUUGGUGACGAAAUACAGCAGAUACGGCUGCUCAUAGUGCUUAUAACAGUAACAUUGAUUUAUUCGCAAUAAUUAUAUAAAGUGGUUUCUCAAUUGAAAAAAUAAUUAUGGUAGGAAAAAUAUUAUGCAUAUUGCUAAAAGCAUUGAUAAUCAAGGAGGUAUUCAUACAGGCACUUCCGCAAGAGAAUGUCGAAAAUCGUCUUGUUUCGUUAAUACGCAUCUCGACGAUCCGCAAUGAUAAUAAGGACCUCGUACAGAGAAAGUUUAUAUUCGACAAGCAUUCAAGGAGAGACGGUUUUGAAAUGAUAUCACCUUCUGGCUUUAAUAUAUUAAUAAUUUCUGAUAAUGAUGUCAGAAAAAAAGAUCCACCUACAACUACUGAAUCUAUCAAUGCUAUAAAUAUACGUGAUCCGAGCGUUCCUGGGACGCCUAUGAUAAUAAAACCUCACAAUUUUGUGUAUAAGUUAUAUUGGGAGCCUGCGCGAAUUACUGACCGUUCGCAAAUUUUAUAUCGACUGGAAGGUUUCAUCAUUGACGACAAUUACAAGCACGAUAACAUAAUCAAGCACUGGAAUUUAUAUUACAACGGAACAAAUAAUUAUUGGAUAAUUCCUAAUAAAUACAUGAAUAAGAAGUAUCAAUUUCACGUGCAAGCUAAAAGCGUUUACGGUUUUGAAUCGGCUUGGAAUCAAUCAAGCGUAAUUGAUUUAACAAAAUCUACCAAAGAAAUAUUGACUACACAAUAUCACUUAACAAUAAUAUUGGGCAUUAUCUCGAUUGUUAUUAUGGUAUUGACCUGCUAUAUCAUCUAUAGAUUUUGUUUCAGUUUAUAUCAACAAAAACAGCGCAAAAACAACAAAGAUGCAAUUUCAUCUGUCACAAUUCGGACACUGUCCGAAUUAGCAGCUUUUCGAGAAAUAUCUGAGAAUUUCGUUCAAUCUAAUCAAUAUGUUUCUACAUUGCAAUAUGCUUCGGAUUAUUCCGCAGUACCUGAAAUUAGACAAGAGCAAAUUACAAUGGGAAUUUCCAUAGGAAGCAGCACGUUCGGAUAUGUAUUCAAAGGAAAAAUAAAAGAGUUAGAAGGAUCAGGCAUAAUGUCUGUCGCCAUAAAAACGCUACGAAAAAAUUCCUCCACGCGAGAAAAGACAAUACUCUUACAAGAGGCUAAACUUAUGAGUCAGCUUCGACACAAACAUGUAUUGAAAUUGUUGGGCGUCUGCUUCGACACAGAUCCGCCAUUACUUGUAUUGGAAUUAAUGGAGGCUGGUGACCUGUUGAACUAUUUGAGAGAUAGUCACUUUAUCCAACUUACAGAUUCGCAUGCUUUGCGUUUGCAAGACUUGCUCGCUAUAUGCGAAGAUGUUGCGCGGGGCUGUUGUUACUUGGAAGAGAUGCAUUUUGUGCAUAGAGAUCUAGCAUGUCGAAAUUGUUUCGUAUCCGCAAAAAAUCGCGAGAAUCGCGUCAUCAAAAUCGGCGACUUCGGUCUUGCUAAAGAUAUUUAUGAAGAUGGUUAUUAUCAGGAAGAAAGAUCGCUGCCUAUUCGUUGGAUGUCACCGGAAUCUUUAGUAGAUGGAAUAUUUAAUUCACAGAGCGAUGUUUGGGCAUUUGGGGUACUAAUAUGGGAAGUUACGUCGUUAGGCCAGCAACCUUAUUUUGCCAAGAAUAAUAUUGAAGUGGUGCAUUAUUUGCGUGAGGGUGGCAGGCUACUGAAACCCUUCAACUGUCCAUCGACAUUAUAUGAAUUGAUGUUGCGUUGCUGGAGCACAGCAAAUGCCAGACCGAAUUUCAAAGUUUGUCUCGAAAAUAUCGUCACUUUGAGAAGCAAUGUAGAUGAUGCGAUAAUAGUACAUAUUGGACUAGCUGCCGAAGAUUGCUCUUGGAAAUUCAACAGUUCCGAGGAAAACCGAGACAAUCAACUUUCUUACCAAAGCUCAAACAACGCCAAUAUCACAACGACAGAUGUUGAUCAUAUCUAUGAACGUUUACGAAGUACUCCGUUUAAUUCGUAUUUCGAAUCAAAACUUGGCAAACAUGAAUCAAAUGACUUUUAUUAAUUAGAAUCGUGCAGCUUACUCAUAGACAUUAUGAAGAAAAUAUGAAGAUUUUAGUCAUGUCGGAGAACUGCAACAUGUUCAAUGGCUCAAAAUUAUUGUAAAAACGACUGAGGAAGAACUUCUUGUUGUCUUUGAACGAUUAAAAUUAACCUAAAUAUAAAAGUACUAUAAUAAAAAUAUAUACUAUGACGAAAAUUAGGUUGCCAAAAAUACAAAAAACUCAUUCGACUUGCAGAACAAAGACAAACGUAACUUUCGCGAUAACGGUUAUUGCAGUAUAUAAUUUUCAUAAUUAACAAUUUCAAUUAUGCUGAAAACAUAUUUUUGUUAUCAUAGCAUUAUCUUACAUUUAUUGUAAUAAUAACGCAAAAAAAAACAAAAAUUUAUAUUUAAAGUCAAUAAUUAUUACAAUAAUUUUAUACUAGAUUAAAAAAAAAAUUUAGAGUUAUGUAUAAAAAUGUAGAUUAAUCAUUGCAUAUAAUGCAAAUUUAGCAAUUAAAAUGCAGAAACAAUCGUGUAGUUACACAUUUUAAAUUCUCGCAUAGAAUUAAGACAUAUAUAGUAUGAUUUUAUAUACAGUAAUUGAAAGGAGAGAUAUACAUAUAUAAAAAAUAUAUAUUCUCUAAAAUACUAGUUUUAUUUAAUAAAAAUUUUAUAUCAUUAAUAUCUUCGAAAAUAUAUAUUCAUCAUAUUUUAUGUACUUUAUUUUGCUAAUAAAUCCUGAUUAAAA